CUUGGAACCAAUCAUCGUCGAGAUUAAGAGUGAUCCGUCACGUGGACGAGAAGACAGAAGGUUUAGCUGCCCAGGCGAAAAAAUUCAUGCCACUAUUUGCAAGCUCUCUUCUUUCCGCGUCUUUUCACAGUCUGACAUUGUACUCCCAGUGAACUGACAGAAAAUGAAUCCACUGAAAACCAACAAAAUCGAUAUCAGCCAACUCACGGAAGAGGAGCAAAAAGUAUUUCGAUUGUACGGCAAACUCCCUGAUCGCAAAGAUCUUUUGGAUAGAAAGUUGAAGGAACGUAAGUACUUUGACUCUGGUGAUUACGCCUUGUCCAAGGCUGGAAAGGAGCCUGGCGCCGUAGGCUCCGAGCACCCUUCCCCAGACACCAUCCCUCACUCCAACCCUGCAAGCAACUCGAGCUCAAGCCCGGUCAAGGAAAGCCCUCUUGUCCCAGACGGUGCUUAAGGCAUCGAUUGGCAAACCCUGCCUAUAAACAUCCCCCACACUUGCACAGAAAAAAAAAGAAAGAUACAUUUGAAGGGAUCAGGUCGGCCAACAAAAGCGGGAGCUGUCGCAAACGCAAUACAACAUCCCCCACACAAUCCGUUCAAAUAUACUACAUC